AUGGCUACCAGAUUGCAAUUCGAGAACUCGUGCGAGGUUGGGGUGUUCUCGAAGCUGACGAAUGCCUACUGUUUGGUUUCCAUCGGAGGCUCUGAGAAUUUCUACAGCACAUUCGAGGCCGAGUUGGCAGAUGUCAUCCCUGUCGUUAAAACCUCCAUUGGCGGCACUCGCAUCAUUGGCCGCCUCUGUGCUGGAAACAAAAACGGGCUUCUUUUGCCUCACACGACCACAGACCAAGAACUCCAGCACUUGAGGAACAGUUUACCUGAUCAUGUUGUUGUUCAGCGCAUUGAAGAGAGACUAUCUGCUCUUGGAAACUGUAUUGCUUGCAAUGAUCAUGUUGCUCUUACACACACUGAUCUUGACAGAGAAACUGAGGAGAUGAUUGCAGAUGUACUUGGCGUGGAAGUUUUUAGGCAGACAAUUGCUGGUAAUAUCCUUGUGGGCAGUUACUGUGCCUUCACCAACAGAGGUGGCAUGGUUCAUCCCCACACAUCUGUUGAAGACUUGGACGAGCUUUCAACGCUUCUACAGGUUCCUCUGGUUGCUGGAACAGUCAAUCGUGGCAGUGAAGUGAUAGCUGCAGGCAUGACAGUGAAUGACUGGACAGCAUUCUGCGGAUCAGACACCACUGCCACAGAACUCUCAGUUAUUGAAAGUGUUUUCAAGUUGAGGGAAGCUCAACCUAGUGCCAUUGUGGAUGAAAUGAGGAAAUCAUUGAUUGACAGCUAUGUCUGA